GUGUGUUUGUUUGGAUCUUCCGCUUUGUAUGCCCUCCAAUUGGGUUGUCUGACAAACUUUAGAGGUAAAGCAUGAGCAUUCGGCUUCCUGAUGAUGAGGAGAAUCUAGAAAGCCAUAACGACAAUGAUACGCAGUCGGUACUCUCGUAUAACACCCGGUUAAAGAGAACUGUAUCGUAUCGGAUAAUCAAAUACCUAUCGCAGUUCAAGUUCUGUUAUAUUCCGGUGCUUAACUGGUUGAUACUGUUCUUCUACCUAUCAAUGCUUUAUAAGUUGAUCCAGAAGUAUGAGUCGAUGUACUCGCAGAAUGUUCUGAUCACCACGAUAACGACGAACGUGCUGUUGUUCGGGCUUUCCGAUACGCUGGCACAGAGUAUAUCGUGUGUGGUGGAGAUGAUCUCGAGAGACAACCAACGUCGUAACGUGUCAUUCAGUACACUGCCUAUGGAUAACUACCAUCAUCACCAUAACCAUGGUCAAGUAGUUGAUCAAAUCCCAGACGAUUCUUUCUAUGCGGACUACGGUGACACCACGACUCGUCGCAAUAGACAGAACAGUUUGCAAUCGAUAACUUCGAUGACCUAUCAGUCGUUAUCAGAACAGACGGAUAAAGACGUCUUCAACUUUAGAAGAUUUGUUGGGUUUUCAUGCUGGGGGUUUUUCAUGGCAUUUGUCCAAGUUGUAUGGUAUUGGGUUCUAAACCAUAUGUUUACCACAGACCCGACGUUUGUCUCCGUGCUCGAAAGAGUGCUAUCAGACCAGCUGUUCUUCUCGCCAAUAUCGCUGUUUUCCUUCUUCUCCUAUUCCAAUUUUGUGCUUGAAGGAGGUGACAAGGUUACUCUCAACGACAAGAUUCAAAAGAUCUACCUCUCCACCUUGGCAGCCAAUUGGAUGGUUUGGCCAUUGGUUCAGUUCAUCAACUUCUUGGUGAUGCCUAGAAGGUUCCAAGUGCCGUUUUCAUCUUCUGUUGGUGUCGUAUGGAACUGUUUCCUGUCGAUGAAAAACGCAGCCAAUUGAGCAUGCCUUUAAAUAGCCUUAGUGUGCUGUAUAAUACUCGUCAACUCUUCAAUUGAUAGCAUGGAUGUAUCCUAUCA